AUGUGUGUAGAAGAUCGUUGGAAGGCCGUACGGCAGCAUCAGCUCUGUCGUCGCUGCCUCGGCUCUCAUGGGCGUUGGCCAUGUAAAGCGGAUGUAUGCGGAGUGGAGCGAUGUUCGGAGAAUCACCAUCGUCUGCUUCACUCGCCGAAGCAGAACCCUUCAGAGAGGUCGACAGUUAGCAGUAAUACAGUGUCAUUGCAUCAUCUGUCGCACGAAUCAACACUGUUUCGUGUGAUUCCAAUCACGUUGUAUGGGAAGAGUCGUUCAGUGGAGACGUUCGCGUUCCUUGACGAUGGAUCAUCGAUUACGAUGAUGGAGCAAGAGCUAGCUGAUCAACUAGCCGAACGAGGAAAACCAAAUCAGCUGUGUUUGCAAUGGACUGGUGGUGUUACAAAAAGGAUUAAUGAUGCGCAGGUGAUGACGUUAAAGAUUUCUGGACGCGAUGUGCAAAAGCAAUACACAUUGAAUGACGUUUACACCGUUGACAAUCUGGAUUUGCCUGUUCAAUCAUUUUGUCAUGAGGAUAUGGCAAAGAAACAUCCACAUCUCCAAGGCAUACCUGUAGGAAGUUAUCGGCAAGCGACUCCAAGGUUCCUGAUCGGAUUGAGCAAUGUUAAAUUACUUACAUCGUUAAAAACACGCGAGGGUCGCCAAGGAGAACCAGUCGCAAGCAAGACUAGACUUGGUUGGACUGUAUAUGGUUCAACUAGCUCACGUUCAGCGCAGUACAUGCAUCGAACGUUGCAUAUCUCUACAAAAUCACCAGAUGAAGAGCUGAAUGAGCUCGUGAAGCAAUAUUUUUCUGUUGAGAGCUUUGGUGUGGCCGUAGUUCCAGUAGCUGAGUGGAGUGAAGAUAGACGUGCUCGAAUCAUUUUGGAAGACACGACAGUGCGUACUAGAUCUGGGAAGUUUGAAACCGGAUUGUUAUGGCGGCAUGACUACGUGGAGUUUCCAGAUAGUCGACCAGCAGCAGUUAAAAGAUUAGUUUGCCUCGAACAUAAGUUGAGUAAAAAUAUUAAUUUGUACGAAAAAGUUCGUGAGCAAAUUUGUCAGUAUGAAAUCAAGGGAUACGCGCAUAGAGCAACGAUAGACGAAUUGAAGCGGUUUGAUCCUCGGCGCACGUGGUUUCUUCCGCUUGGUGUGGCUCUGAAUCCAAGGAAGCCAGAGAAAGUGCGAGUAGUCUGGGAUGCAGCGGCAAAAGUCAACGGAGUGUCUCUAAAUUCGAAGUUGAUGAAAGGUCCGGAUCUAACAGCUUCACUCACGGCAGUUUUGUUUCUAUUUCGUCAAAGGCAAGUGGCGAUAACAGGCGACAUAAAGGAAAUGUUCCACCAGCUGUACAUUCGUCAACAAGAUCGGCAAUCCCAGUUGUUCUUGUGGAGAGAUGAGUCGACAAAACCUAUCGAAACGUAUGUGAUGGAUGUCGCAACAUUUGGGUCUACUUGUUCACCGUGUUCUGCACAAUACAUCAAAAACCGAAAUGCUGAAGAACAUAGAGAGGAGUACCCGAACGCAGCAGAUGCUAUAAUCAAAAACCAUUACGUGGAUGACUACCUAGAUAGUCAAGACACUCCAGAAGAAGUGAUUCGGCUACUGCUACAAGUGAAAAAGGUUCACCAAAGAGCUGGUUUCGAAAUAAGAAAUUGGUUGUCGAAUUCGAAAGACGUCUUGAGACGGGUCGGGGAUUCCAUCCCGACUUUAUCGAAGAACUUUGUGGUUGGCAAAGAAGAAGGAAUGGAACGUGUUCUCGGGAUUGUGUGGAUUCCCCGUGACGAUAUGUUUCGCUUCACCAUAGUUUUCCGUUCAGACGUACAAGACAUCGUAGAGAGUGAUGAUGUUCCUACUAAACGGCAAGUGUUGAGAGCAGUGAUGAGCAUUUUUGAUCCACUUGGAUUGAUCGCGUCUGUAACUAUUCACGGAAAGAUACUAGUUCAGGAGUUGUGGCGACAAAAAAUAGGCUGGGACGAUUGUAUUCCGGAAAAUAUAUGGGGCAAGUGGAAGCGAUGGAUAGAAUCGCUCAAAGGUCUUCAAGAAAUCAACGUGUCACGGUGCUACUUCCCAGGUUAUGAUCCAUGCAGUUACGAUAGCCUUGAGAUGCACGUCUUCGUAGAUGCUAGCGAGUUAGCUUAUACAGCACUCAGCUAUUUUCGUAUAAUUGACCGUGGGAUUGUCCGUGUUGCUCUAGUCGCAGCGAAAUCUAAGGUUGCCCCACUCCAAGCUCUAUCGAUACCCCGACUUGAACUUCAGGCAGCCGUACUGGGUGUCAGACUGGCCAAAACGGUAGUGGAACAUCACAGCAUACCGGUACAACGUCGUAUAUUUUGGAGUGACUCCAGUACGGUACUUUCGUGGAUUGGAUCCGAUCAAAGACGAUAUCGUCCGUUUGUAGCGUUCAGAAUUAACGAAAUCUUAACAGAGUCAGAUGAAAAAGAAUGGCACUGGGUUCCUACCCGAUUAAAUGUGGCCGAUGAAGGCACUAAGUGGACCAAGAUUCCAGAUCUUUCACAGCAUGGUCACUGGUUUAAAGGACCGGAGUUCCUUUACAAGGAAGAAGCAUUCUGGCCGCAACAAAAUCAACACCUGUCAGAAACAACAGAAGAUUUACGAGUUGUUCAUGUUCACAAACAUCUAAUUACUGAACCAUUAGUUGACUUUAGUCGUUUCUCCAGAUGGGAAAGGCUUUUAGGAGCAUUGAGAUACGUGUAUCGUUUCCUCUGGAGAUCUAAAAGGGUCGAUAGCGAGAAUAUAUCAACAAGAGGCGAACUACAAGCAGCAGAGAGAAUUGUGUGGAAGCAGGUACAAAGCGAAGAAUUUCACGAUGAAAUGGUGAUCCUCAAACGUAACCUGGAACUAGUGAGUAGAGAGCAGCAUCUGCAGCUGCCUCGAAUCGAAUUAACGCAGUCGCAGUCGAAUAAUUAA